GCUCCUCUCCUCUCCUCUCGAGCCCUGGCGAGCAGGAGUUCUGCGCGCGAGCGGAAGCAGGGGCGAACGCGCCACAAAGUUCACCGGCGCGCUUAAAGCGGAGCGCAGACGGUCGUGUCGCUGCCAUAACUGUCAGCGAACUAAAACUAAAGUUGUACACAGCCCUCCCUUUCCGGUUUAAUCGCAGGUAAUCGUGUUUAUGUGACGCGUCGCGACCGACCCCGCUUUCAGUUUUCUGCCCGAAGUGGAUUAUUCUGCAGGCACGAGCGCCACUUCCGGCUGCGCGUUGCGCGGCACCGUGUUUAUCCGUCAUCGCGGUUCGUUUCGUGUGCGGUGACGUUUCCAUAGCCGCGUGCACGACAUGGAGGUGAAGCUGCCCCCUCACGAAGGCCCCGUGCUGUCGGUCGUAGACAUGCACGCGGGCGGAGAGCCGCUGCGAGUCGUGUGGAAGGGCUUCCCUCCGCUGCAGGGCGACACGCUCCUCGCCAAGCGCCGUCACGCGCAGGAGAGCGCGGACCACCUGCGCAAGGUGCUCAUGUUUGAGCCGAGGGGCCAUUACGACAUGUACGGCGCCCUUCUCGUUGACAGCGAGUUGCGGGAGGCCGACGUGGGGGUCCUGUUCGUGCACAACGCCGGCUACAGCACUAUGUGCGGUCACGCGGUCAUCGCGCUGGGCCGCUUCGCCGUGGACUACGGGCUGGUGCGGGCGCCGGCGUCGCCGGAGACGCAGGUGAACAUCCACUGUCCCUGUGGGCUCGUGAAGGCCUUCGUCGAGUAUUCAGAAGGCAAAACGGGAGCCGUGCGCUUUCACAGCGUCCCGGCGUUCGCCUUCGCCACAGAUGUUGCCGUUUCUGUACCUGGGUAUGGAGUGGUCACGGUGGAUAUUAGCUAUGGUGGGGCAUUUUACGCACUGGUUAGCGCUCAGACAUUUGGUUUGGAUGUCAGUAAGUCCCGGACCAGAGAUAUUGUGGAGGCAGCCACAGCAGUGACCAACGCUGUCAAAUCUCAGGUGAAACUUCAUCAUCCUGUCAGCUCAGAUCUAGCCUUCCUCUAUGGAACCAUACUGACCGAUGGAAAGGAUGAGUUCACAGAGGAGCCAACAGCUAACGUGUGUGUGUUUGCAGAUUCUCAGGUUGACAGGAGCCCCACAGGUUCCGGUGUGACAGCUCGCAUUGCCCUCCAGUACCAUAAAGGGCUGAUCCAAGUCAACCAGAAACGGGAGUUCCAGAGUGGAGUCACAGGUUCCAUCUUCACUGGGAAGGCAGUGCAAGAAACCAAGUGUGGAAACUUCCCAGCUGUUGUGGUUGAGGUUGCUGGCCAAGCAUAUUAUACAGGAAUUGCAAGUUUUGUGCAGGAAACUGGAGACAGCCUAAGCAAUGGCUUCCUUCUGAAGUGAGAUAGCAGUGGUAGCUGUGGGUGAUAUGACAGUUUUGAAUACUGUUAAAAAGUGACAGCAAAGAGAUCUAUUUACAAUAUUCUUCAUAAGCAUGAGAAAACUGCUUCGCCAGUAUGAAUAUUUUUCAACUUUACGAUGGUGCAAUAGUGAUUCGCAUUUACUGGAAACCAUACUUUGAAUUUUUAUUAUUUUUUUUCCUGUAUGUGGCCAUUCUUCCCUUUAAGAAGCGUCACCUUUAAACACCGA